CUUCGCCGACAACCUAACAGUAGUAGUAGUAUUUCACCGGUUGAUUUACGGAGGCGGCGGCGAGAAAGCUUGCAAAAAUCGGCUUCAAUGGCGCCUGUUAAGAUAACCGGCGCUGUUGUGGCAGCAGCUGCGACGAUGGUGAUGCUUUCUUACUGCUUCUUCCGAUUCUCCUCGGAUAAGUUAGACUCUUGCUCCUCCUCCUCCUCCUCUAAGAAGAAGAAGAAGCUGAGCACGAGAAACGGACUCGUAGAUGCCAUUGGGAAUACUCCUCUCAUUCGUAUCAAUAGCCUCUCCGACGCUACUGGCUCUGAGAUUCUAGGAAAGUGUGAGUUUUUGAAUCCAGGAGGUAGCGUUAAAGACAGAGUUGCUGUCAAAAUCAUUGAAGAGGCUUUGGAAUCUGGUUUGCUAUUUCCGGGCGGAAUCGUAACUGAAGGUAGUGCUGGGAGUACUGCCAUUAGCCUUGCCACAGUUGCUCCCGCUUAUGGCUGUCAGUGUCAUGUUGUUAUACCUGAUGAUGCUGCUAUUGAAAAGUCUCAAAUAAUUGAAGCCCUUGGAGCUACCGUUGAGAGGGUGAGGCCAGUGUCUAUUACUCACAAAGAUCACUUUGUCAACAUUGCUAGGCGACGUGCUGACCAAGCAAAUGACUUAGCAUCAUCAUCAAAGACAAGACUAGCCAGCCGAAUCAAUGUCGCACAUCAGGAAAAAACUAAUGGUUGCACAGCUGAGGAACAGAAAGUGCCUUCCUUAUUCUCGGAGUCAGUUACAGGUGGCUUCUUUGCAGAUCAAUUUGAAAACUUGGCAAAUUAUAGGGCUCACUACGAAGGUACUGGCCCUGAGAUAUGGCAACAGACUCAUGGUAACAUCGAUGCCUUUGUUGCUGCCGCGGGAACAGGCGGUACUUUAGCUGGCGUCUCAAGGUUCCUUCAGGAAAAGAAUGAAAAGGUUAAAUGCUUCCUGAUAGAUCCUCCUGGGUCUGGUCUGUUCAACAAAGUAACAAGGGGAGUGAUGUACACAAGAGAGGAAGCUGAAGGACGUCGUCUGAAGAACCCAUUUGAUACAAUAACAGAAGGGAUUGGGAUCAAUAGGCUUACUCAGAAUUUCCUCAUGGCAAAAAUUGACGGCGGUUUCCGUGGUACUGAUAAAGAAGCCGUUGAGAUGUCUAGGUUUCUUCUGAAGAAAGAUGGCCUCUUUGUUGGAAGCUCCUCGGCCAUGAACUGUGUUGGGGCAGUGAGGGUGGCUCAAGCCCUUGGUCCUGGUCACACAAUUGUCACCAUUCUUUGCGAUAGCGGGAUGAGACAUCUAAGCAAGUUUCAUGACCCUCAGUACUUGGCUCUGUACGGCUUGACUCCAACCGCAGUCGGAUUAGAGUUCCUCGGCAUCAAGUGAAAGGACAUCUUUUAACAUUAAGAUAGGUUUCAGAUUCAUCAAGCCGGCAUUGUUGAAACCUUGCUGUGAUUUUGUUGGCACCAGGGUAACACAUUCUUUGUAGCUCUAUGAAGGACUCUACAUUUAUAGAUAAAGCUAUGUCUGGAUUCAACGGAGGAAAGUCAAAGCAACAAUGCAUGUGUCUGACCUCUGAGACUCCCAUAACUACUACAUCUUACACACGUCUUCUCUAUUGUCCACAAGUCAUGACGUAAUGGGCUCCCUUACCAGAUACAGGGGAACAUGUUAUCAGAAACUUGUCUUUGUACUCAUUGGAAUCUUGUCUUCGUUCAAAUGCAUUCGAUUGGAAAGGUCAUGAUAGAGAGAGUCCUAUAAACUGGUUGUGUAAGGUCUGAUAACUCCAUGUGAUUUAUUGUCUGAGAUUAGUAUUGACAAUACUAUGUGAUCUUUUUUUUGUCAACUGAGUUUUCAUUGAUG